UUGCGUGAACAUUUUUUAAAUUAUAAAAUAAUUAAUGAAAUUGAUGUAUAAAUAAGAAAUAAAAACUAUUAAAAUGGCAAUGAGGAGACCGCGUAUAAAGCCAGUGGCAAAUAUACAAUUAAAUUCUAAGCGUAAAGCAAAACCCGCAAAUGAUGUAAAAACUGUUAAAGCUGGUGAAAGUGUUGUAAAUGGUGUGCAGGAAGUCGAAAAACAAGUAAAUGUUCAGACAACUGAACAAAGUGAGCUCGCAAAAGCAGAGCAAGUUCCCAAAAAUGUUGAAAAUUCAUUAGAGGUUAGAGUGGACACAUCGGUUGACACGACAGCAAAUGUAAAUAACCUAAACAAUGCUACAGAGCAAAAUGAAAAUAACGGUAAAGGACAAGGUGAUACACCAGAGCAAGCGAAUGAGGCUAACGGCAAACAUAAUAUCGAAAAUGAUAUUACUGAAAAUGUUAAUAAUAUUGCAAAGGACCAAGAAGAAGUUACUAAUAUUACAGAAAAGCAGCAUUUACAGAUUGCCAACGAAGAAGCAACAGAUACAUUAAAUGAUUCAGAAGCAUUUAAAUGUCCACCUAAGGUAGGAUUUCAACGAGCAAUAAGUCAUACUUCCAACAGUGGAGUAGAUGAUGUUUUCUAUUCUGAUAUAGAAGAAAAUGCUUUGCAAAUGGAUUUAGAUAAGUCACCAUCAAAUGGUUGCCCUAUGUCACCCUCGAAAAACUUGACUAGACAACGAAUACGACCCACACCACAUUUUGGUCAGAGACGUAAUAGUUUUGUAGGUUCCUCGCCUUCACCUCAUACAUCUGGUAGUGAAGAUAAUCAUCUCAGCAGUAGCAAUGUUAACAACGAUUUUGUACAACCUACUCAAACAAGACGAGAAAGACAUCAUUCUGCCUCUUUUACGGGCAAUAGCCACUCGUCUUCUUCUUCGCAUCAUCAUUACACACCUCAUAAAUAUUUACCUACUGGUAUAACAAACAGUAGUCUGGGACGUAUAAGAACAGAAUCUGGCUGCUCGGUAUUUUCGGACACCAACACUUCUUCUCACAAGUCACGCAAAGCUGAGGAAAAUAAACAGAAUUCUCGUAAAGAGUUUGAGGCACGCUUUCAUAAUGGUGUGCCAGAAAAGUCAGCUAUAAAAAUGUCCGAUUUGAUUUAUUACAAUCCAGCCACCAAUCCAAUGGAACAAAAACCAAAUCCCAGUGUAAAAUUAGAACAAACAGAAACCUCAUCCAGUGAUGUUAAACCCUUUGCAGAAAAGGUGGAAAAAGACACCGAAACUUCAGCAGAGGGAGAAGCCGUACCAGUGCCGCAAUUAAAACUCAAUGCCAAAGGAGAACUUAUACUUGACGACAAGUCUUUAGUAAUUGAAACCACUGCCGAACAGGAAGCACGCAAAGUGUUAGCAAAUUCCUCACUAAUAUAUCUCGAUGAAAACACUGGCAUGAAUGGCUUCUAUUCACGUCAAAAGCGUACACGUGAAUGGGUGCCUUCAGAAACAAUUAAAUUCUAUCGUUGUCUACAAAAUGUUGGCACCGAUUUUUCACUAAUGGUCUCCUUAUUUCCCAAUCGUACGCGGCGUGAUUUAAAAUUGAAAUUCAAAAAAGAAGAGCGAAAAAAUUGUCAUCUAAUUAAUAAGGCUUUGUUGUAUCCAAAACAAUUUGAUCUGGAAUCAUUGAAGCAACAAAUUGAUGAAGAAGAAAAAUUGCGAGAAGAACAGGUUAAACGUGCUAAAAUUGCUAAUAAAGAAAAAAAGGAAACGAAAAAGAGAAAAAUACAAACAUCAAGUAUAGCAAAUCGAAUAUUAUUAAACGAAGAUGUUUAUCAAAAUGAAAAUGACCAAAAACCAAAAAGAGUACGAAAAACGAAUACCAAGGCUAAAGAUCAAGAAAUGCCUCAGAAUGAGCAGAACACAUUAAGUGAUCAAAUUCCCAUGGAAAUAGACAACCCGGAGGAUGUUAAUCACAAUGUAGCAGCACAAAAACCCAAACAAAAAAGAACGUAUACAAAAUCGAAAAACGCGGUUAAGAAAGCAAAAGAAGAAGAAACGGUUGAAAACAACAAUAAUAAUGGGGACACACCAACAAAUGAAACAAUAAAAGUGGAUAAAGUAAAACGACGGCGAAGGCGAACCCCCAAUAAAGUGCAAAAAGAGGAAAUUAUUAUUAUCAAAGAAGAAAUAAUUAAAAUUGAGAAUAAACAAGAGUCAAAUCAAACAACCGCUGCACCACCAGAAUAUCAGGAUACCAAACAAUUGCAAACGGAAAUGGAUGAAUUAUUAGAUUCGGAUGCUGUAGACAUACCAUAUGGUGGUAAUACAUCCUACGAAACAUCAAAUGCAAAUGUCUUUACUGCAACUUCUCAAGUGUGCCAAUACAACGAACAUGCCAAUACAGCACCUAACACAUCCCCUGUGUACUAUGCAACAAAUUAUCAGGAGGAUUAUUGUGAAGCCGAAACGGACAUAAAUAAAUAUGAACACAGCUCUUUUGUUAAUUUGGAUGACGGCUCUGUAAAUGUGUAUAGUAAAAUCAAAAAUGAUACUAGUUACAUUACAUCGUCAUCGCCGCCAUCACCAACAAUAGCUUUACCUUCCCCUACCUCACGAUCUCAGUCACCAGCAACUUUACCGGCUUCACCAACUUCACCACCACAAUCGUGUCCGUUUGACAAUGAAAACGAUUCAUUAGAAUCAACAACUAUCCAUGAACCAGAGAUUAUAACCAAUGAUACUUGUUCGUCUGUGAUAUCCGAACGUGAAUUAAAUGAGGAAGAUAUACAAUCAAUUCUCACUGAAUUAGCUGAAGGUUCAUUGGUUUUAGUUUCCACUUUAGAUCCUGAUGAUCCCGAUAAAGUUUUAAAUGAAAUUUAUAUGGUGGAUAAAAAUACGGGCGAAUUAUGUGAUGAACCUUUAAAUAUACCCGAUAAUAUUGUGCAGUGUAUUUUAACAGUGGUCAGCUAAAAGAUUUUUUUAUGUGCAUAAAUAUUUUGGUAUUUAUUUAUAAGCAUUUUUCAAAGUUCAUUCUUAGAUAUUCAUAUAUACUCGUAUUUAUUUUUAGAUUU